CACACGAAAAGGCUAAUGUGAUAGCAGCGGGCCGAAUUUUUAAUAAAACAAAUGAGCACUAGAAGGCGGACUUUAAAGUGGGCGUGGUUUGAAGCUAGUGUGGUUGCAUCGCAGCGCAUACACAAUGGCUGCUCGAAAGAGGGGAAAGCAAACAAUUUUCAGGCCCGCCGCGUCUAGCAAAAAAUAUGAGAAAAAAAUUAUAAAAAAUUCGGAAAAUUGUUGAAAGUGAAGAAAAACUCAACAGAAAGGAUGUUAAAGCGUCCGGGACGUCUGAGUCCAGGCAGUGAUGAGCACAUGAAACUGGAUAGAAUAUCUGCAUCAGUCCUUGUUGGGCACUGUAUCCCCAUUCAUGUAGCAGCUUUGCCUUAAGGUGCCAUGGCCACAGGAACCCAGGGCCAUUGUGACGACAUUGUGGACAAAGCUAAGCUCACACCACCCACAGGGAGGUGCAGAAGAGCAGAGGGGAAGUCAAAGAAGAACUUUCCCUGCCAGGAGUGUCAGAAGGCAUUCAACAGUCUGGAGAAGUUGAAGGUGCACUCGUACUCCCACACAGGAGAAAGACCCUACAGCUGCUCCCACCCCGACUGCACCAAGGCUUUCGUCUCCAAAUACAAGCUGCUACGGCAUAUGGCAACCCAUUCACCAGAAAAAAACCACAAAUGUUCAUACUGUGAGAAAAUGUUCCACCGCAAAGAUCAUUUAAAGAAUCACCUUCACACUCAUGACCCAUACAAGGAGGCUUUCACCUGUCAGGAGUGCGGAAAGAGCUACAACACCAAGCUGGGCUUUAAACGCCACCUUGCCCUUCACGCUGCCAACAGGGGAGAACUCACCUGUCAAGUGUGCCUGCAACGAUUUCCUAGCACCGGGAUUCUUCUAGAGCACCUCAAGACACACGCUGGCAAAUCCUCGGGCACGGCAAAAGAGAAAAAACAUCGCUGUGAGCACUGUGAGCGGCAGUUUUACACACGCAAAGAUGUCCGGCGACACAUGGUAGUACAUACAGGACGCAAGGACUUUCUGUGUCAGUACUGUGCCCAGCGCUUCGGCAGGAAGGACCACUUGACGCGUCACAUGAAGAAGAGCCACCCCCAGGAGCUGCUGAGGGUAAAAACUGAGCCAGCCGAUUUGCUGGAACCUAUCGCUUACGACCUGGCAUCUGGGGACAUCAAAGGGGAGCUCACGGGAAUGCUGACACCAAAACCACAUCAGCUCAGCAUGUACACAGGCCCCAUAUUGGAUACAGAACCCUUUCCCACGCCCACGCAUCCCUUCCCUCUAAAAUACUCGCUGGACUCCAACUUUACCUCAUACACCAUCUCCCCGCAGGAGCGAGAACAAAAUCAGAAGGGAGACCUGGAGACCUACCUAAUGGAGCUACAGAGCAGCAUGCCUUCCUCAUCCUCUGCAGUCCAAGAAUCCCAACAUUCUUCCUCCAAACUCGAGUUGGUUCCUCCAGUGGGCGAGAUGGAGAGUGAGGAGGUGUCUCUCUCUAAAAUCUCCACAUCGACGGCAGGAGAAGCCACGACAGAUUCUUUGGCCUCUUCCACCUCACUGCUGGACUUCUCCCAACUUUUUAAUUUCCUGCCUCUAAACGGUCCUCCUUACAACCAGACAGUAGGUAGUGGUGGGCAGGGGUCGUCCUCCUUUCAAUCUACAGAUGAGACCACACCUCUGGUCCAGCUGCCCAGUCAGUCCUCUGAGGCCCAGGACGGUGAGGAAACGUCACUUCAGGGGCUCCCCUCCUCCUUCAUAUCCAACCUGAGCACACCCACCAUCCUGCCCCGCUUCCACCAGGCUUUUCAGUAGUCUAGUAUGUACUGCAAACAGCACACAUGCACUCUAACUCAUGGUUGAUGCUCUGCCGUUAAAUACUUAUAACUUGUGUUGCUGACACAGUGGUAUUUUGCUGCUUAUUAGAUUUUAUGUAAAGGUUUGGUAUUUAACGAACAGACUCAGACCAAAAAAUAUUAUCGUUGUUGCGCUUUUGAUUAUAUGAACUGCCAAACAGACCAACUCAUUUCAACUAUUACCCCUUGGGAGGAAAAGGCAUUAAAAAGGGCAAAGCCAAGGGGAUAACAGAGAGUGAAUGCCAAGUGCAUUUAUAUGCUUAUGUAUAGAUAGCAGAUUUAGCAAUUAUAAAAUUAAUUACAGAACCUUUUGGGAAUAUAACAAUACGUUUUGUUCUAAUUCACUUUUCUUGAUGGUAAAAAAACAUUAUGGCUAAGACCAUUUCUAUGAAUUUUUACGAGCGAGUUAAAAGUUUUGAGCGACAGAGUAUAAAUCAGACCUCACACACAUGAUGAUGCACACAAUCACACGCAAACAGGCAGGCUAACACUGAGACGAUGCCAGUAACACAUGUUUUAAGCACUUCUGUCUUAAUUACAACAUGGCCAGACUGUAUUACACGCACAGUUUGGAUGAAUAGGUUCUACAAUUGUGUUUUUUCCACCCUUAUUUGGUGUUUGCUUCUAAAGCCUAAUCCACAAUACCCACAGGUUGCCUUACAUGUAUGUUUAUGCAUCACAGUGCAGAACUAAGUGGUCAACUGUCCAGGCAUUGCAUCACUAUCAGCGCAAAAAAAAAAAAAAAAUUCUGCCUUAAGUAGACACAACUUCACACAGUGCCUGUAGAGAGCUGAGACAACUUAUGUGAAACGAUCUUUUUGGGAGACAAGGAAUAUAGAUAAAUGAGAGUAUUUUUAAUUCAGUGAUUUACUUAAGUCAUCCAUUUUUUUGCUAUGUAAGUUAAUUUUUUUUUUUUUUUGUAUCGCACUUUGAAAAUUGUGACGUAAGACGUGAUGUCAGGCAUCACGUGACCUUUGUUUUAUCAGUUAUGUGACUUCAAAGGACCAAUCUCUAACAUUUAAUGCAUGUUUUUCUCCUGUAUAUUUGUGUAAAAUCAUAGUUAGGGUUAUUUUAAACUAGGGCAAUGUGCCAUACUAAGACACACACACACACGCAAAGCUGAUACGUUUCUUGAAAUCAACUGUGUAGUCCGUGAGGUCGUAGGUUUACAUCAGUAUUUAAUGCCCCCCCCAACUCCCAACCCCCAGAUAAACUUUAACCUAUAAAGAAAUUGGAACAUCAAAGUCAUUAGAUAAACAAUGU